UAUAUUGUUUUACUUAUUAAUUGUUUAUUACUAAUUGCAGCGCUCUUGACUCUUGAUUCUUGAGUUAACCAUGUCAAAUAUAACAAUUUCAUCCACUCGAAAAGAUAUUGCUUGGAAUUAUGCAACAUGUUCAGAUCCUAAAAAUCCAAAUGUUGUCAGUUGUAUUUUUUGUGGUAAAAUAACAAACGGUGGGAUUUAUCGACACAAGUUACAUUUAAUCGGGGGCAAUAGAAAUGUGAAAGCUUGCCCGAAAUGUCCUGAGCAUGUUAAAGAAGAAAUUAGAGAGUUUAUGCAAAAAAAGAAUAAUUUGAAGAAUCAAAUGGAUGAAAUUCCUCAUUCUGAUGAUGUUGAUAAUUUGGAAGAUUUGGAAGAAGAUGAAGAAGUUGAUCAUCAAACUAAAGUGAAAGGGAAACGACCAAUAUCAGAUUCAAGCAACCAUCCUACGACCCAAGGUAAAAAGUGUAAACAAACCGGGCCUAUUAAUCUUUAUUUUAUGAAAGAUGUCGAUGAAAUUGUCAAACAAAGACGUGCAAAAAGCAAAGGACAAUUUGAUGAAAAUAAAAAGAAGUUAAGAGAUAUUGCAGUUGAGAAAUUUGCAAGAUGGAUGUAUGAUGCUGGGAUUCCUUUCAAUGCUGUUAAAUAUGAUUCUUUUGAGCCUUGUAUUGAAGCUAUUGGACAAUUUGGAUCUGGGAUGAAACCUCCAUCAUAUCAUGAAGUGAGGGUUAAGUAUUUGAAGAAGGAGUUGGCAAAUACGAACUCACUUCUCAAAUCCCAUGAAGAAGAUCAUGCUAAGUUUGGGUGCACAAUCAUGGCAGAUGGAUGGACAGAUAAAAAGGGUAGGACUCUUAUAAAUUUUUUGGUGAAUGGUCCCAAAGGAAGUGUAUUUGUCGAAUCAGUUGAUGCUUCAGGCUAUUCUCACACAGCGGACAAAAUGUUUGAAUUGCUUUCUAAAUUUGUGUAUCGCAUUGGAGAAAAAAAUGUGGUUCAGAUUGUAACAGAUAAUGCAAGCUGCAAUGUCAGUGCAGGUCGUCUUUUGGAAAACCGAUUUCCACACUUAUACUGGACUCCCUGUGCAGCUCAUUGUUUAGAUUUGUUGCUUGAGGAUAUAUUCAAAAUUCCUCAUCUCAGAAAAUUGCAUGAACGGGCAUUGAUGGUGAAUGGAUAUAUUUACAACAGACCACAAGUAUUGAGCAUGAUGAGAGAGUUUACUGGACAGAGAGACAUGGUAAGAACCGCAAAGACACGUUUCGCAACCGCUUUUUUGACUUUAAAGCGGUUUCAUGUACAACAAGCAAAUCUGAGAAAAAUGUUUACAUCUGAAAAGUGGGCAAAUAGUCGAUUUUCCAAAGAGGUCGCAGGAAAACGUGUAGCAGAAGUAAUAUUGAUGCCUUCUUUUUGGAAAAAUAUGGUUUUUGCAUUAAAAGUUGGUGGUCCAUUGGUAAAAGUAUUACGGCUGGUAGACGGUGAAAAACGAUCUCCUAUGGGUUAUAUUUAUGAGGCAAUGGACAGGCCAAAGAAGCUAUUGCUGCAUCAUUUAACAAUAAUGAAGAGAAAUAUCGUAGCAUAUUUGAAUUCAUUGACAAAAGAUGGAACAUUCAACUGCAUCGACCUUUGCACGCAGCCGGAUAUUUCUUGAAUCCAGAGUGUUUUUACUCAAACCCUGAUAUAGAAAAUGAUACAGAAGUGAUGGAGGGUUUGUACAAGUGCAUAUCUAGAUUGGUGAGAGGUGAGGAUUUACAAGAUAAGAUCACGAAUCAAUUGGAAAAAUACAAGAAAGCAGAAGGACUUUUUGGUUUGCCAAUGGCUAUCCGACAAAGGACUUUAAAAUCGCCAGGUAAAUUUAUAAAUAAUAUAUCGUGCAAUAAUCAAUAUCAAUAUUGGAUGGUAAUAAAAUUAAUCUUAUAAUUUAUAUGUUUUUGUUUUUCAAGCUGAUUGGUGGUCUUCUUAUGGUGCAUCAACGCCUGAAUUAAAAACAUUUGCAAUGAAGAUUUUAAACCUCACGUGCUCUUCUUCAGGCUGUGAACGUAAUUGGAGUGUUUUUGAACAUGUAAGUUG